AAAGACAAGAAAAUGAGAACACAGUAAAAAUAAAUGGCCCCCAAGUCCACGGAUAAACCUCUAUCAACUUCAUCCAUGAAUAUGAUCAUCAUUGAUGAUGUGUGAAGCUUGGGAAAAUUUUUCUUUCCUUCUUUUUGGGGCACUCUCUUUAAUUUCUCGGUUCUCACUUCCUCAACCAAAUCUAUUAUCUAAAUCUCAAGUCUUUCUCUCCUAUUUAUUAAGCUCACCAUCCAUGUUUCCACUAGUACAUUCCUAAAUAUUUUCCCUCAUAGGCGCCUGAUUUUUUUUUCUCUUCCUAUCAGGAAGCUGUAGAUCUAAUCCCACUUCCAAUUUGGUAACUCUCUCUUUAUUGUUGCUGUUUGAAAGAGUUUCGUUACCUUUUUUCCUUUUCUCUCUGACAAAUCUUAUACCUAAAAAAGAUCUUUGUAAUUUAGUGGUAGAUGUGUUGUUAAAUAGCGAAGACCCAUUUCUCAAAUCAUUGAAAUUCAGCCACUUUACCGUCAAUUUCACUCAAAUUUUGGCAAUUCGCUUUGUGGGUUGUCAUCUAUCCAUCUCGAUGCGCCAUUUCUAACUCCUAUCAGCACCUUAGGGUUUCAAAAAUAGGAAAAAUCCGUAGCAUUCUCUUUUGCCAAUGGAUUUCUCCGGCGGCAACGUGGUGCAAGUAAUCACUGGAAGUGGCCCGGAAAGCUGGUCCGGUGGCGACCACGCGAUGUGGGCCACGGAGGACGAUUACCGAGCGUGGAGCAACAACAGCAAUGGAGACGACACGCCGUCGACGAACUCCAACUACGACCAGAGGCAGUCCCAGAGUCGCUCCGGAAGCGAGCCACCCAGCAAGAAGUCUAGGAAUUCCCAAGAUGUGACGUCGUCGAAUCGGUCCAAAGCCAUCGGAAAAAUGUUCUUCAAGACCAAGCUUUGUUGCAAGUUCCGUGCAGGGACUUGCCCGUACAUAACAAACUGUAACUUCGCUCACAGCAUUGAAGAGCUCCGCCGGCCGCCUCCGAACUGGCAGGAGAUCGUGGCGGCGCACGAGGAGGAGAGGACGGUGCUGGAGCCGAGGGAGGAGUAUCAGAUUCCGUCGUUGGGGUCUUCGGGUUAUGUGGGGGAGACCCAGAGGUCGUACAAGGGAAGGCAUUGCAAGAAGUUCUACACGGAGGAGGGGUGUCCCUAUGGCGACAAUUGCACAUUUCUUCACGACGAGCAGUCCAAGAAUAGGGAGAGUGUGGCGAUCAGCUUGGGCCCUGGUGGGUACGGUGGUGGCGGUGGUGGUGGUGGUGGCGGUGGUGGUAGUGGCGGCGGUGGUGGCAGUGGCGGUGGGGGUGGGGGUGGGGGCGGGGGUGCCGGGGGGAGUGCGGGUGGGGGGCAGAAUAUGAAGCCGUCCAAUUGGAAAACCAGGAUUUGCAACAAGUGGGAGUUGACAGGGUAUUGCCCUUUUGGGAGCAAAUGCCAUUUUGCUCAUGGUGCAGCAGAAUUACACCGAUAUGGUGGUGGGCUUAUGGAGGGCGAUACUAGAGAUUCUUCUUCUGCUCCUCCUGACUCGAAGCUGGGAGGAGUACCUUCAAGAAGUCCGGCAGAUACUCUGGUAGCACCAGUCACUUCAGUUCCUCAUUCUGAUCUUUAUCAUAUUGGAGUUCCAUCGCAACGGUCAUCUAUUGUAAUUCAAAAGCCAGGGCAGAGAACUCAUCAGAAAUGGAAGGGUCCGGACAAAAUCAGUAGGAUAUAUGGUGACUGGAUUGAUGACAUUGAAUAGAAAUUUGAAUUCCUUGACUGCAAAUCUUGAAGAUGGUCAGUAAGAAAUCAAUCUUGAUCAUGGAGUACUUUAAUCUCCCUAGGGAGGACACGAUGACAUGAUGGCAACGUGUAGCUUCAGCUUUUGGGUUAAAGAACUUAUGUACCUUUGCUUCAAGUUUCAGUAGAAGCCUCGUUUUUGGGAGUCUCAGCCCCAUCAUUUCAUUUUUCAGGUUUGGAAAUUUGAAGCUUGUGUUACUUCUGUAGUAGUUUUUUUUUUUUUUUUCGUUACCUUAUAUAAAUACUAGAUGACCCUUUUCAUCCUAAGAAAUGACAGUAAUCUUUGUACCGCUUUGUUACAUUUACAAGUUGAGUUCUUAGCCUCGGUUAUAUAACUUAUAUCCCCUCUUUGUCUU